CCCUGUCAUAUAUCACGCAUGCGUACCGGGUCUCCAAAUGUAUCUGAGAGAAGACGAUGAGCUCGAAAAUUCCUAGAAAAGCUUUGGCCAUUCAGGCGCGGAAGAAGCGCUCAAAAGCUAAACCGCGUUUUAAAAACGACGACAAGUCAAAGAGAGCCUCGUCUGAUCCCUCCCAGAAAUGUGAGACAUAUGGGGAGGAGGAAGAAGAGGAGGAGAUCCUGGGAUCCGAUGAUGAUGAACAGGAGGACCCUCAUGACUAUAUCAAAGGUGGCUACCACCCAGUCAAGAUUGGAGACAUGUUCAACAGCCGGUACCAUGUUGUCAGGAAACUUGGAUGGGGACAUUUCUCAACAGUCUGGCUCAGCUGGGAUAUGCAACAGAAGAGGUUUGUAGCCCUGAAGGUGGUCAAAAGUGCUCAGCAUUAUACAGAAACAGCCCUGGAUGAAAUUAAGUUAUUAAAAUGUGUUCGCAACAGUGACGAGAAUGACCCCUACAGAAAGAAGACCGUGCAGUUACUGGAUGAUUUCAAAAUAACAGGAGUGAAUGGGACACAUGUAUGUAUGGUGUUUGAGGUGUUGGGCUAUAACUUGUUGAAGCUUAUCAUCCGGUCCAGCUAUCAGGGCAUACCCCUCCCCAAUGUCAGAUGUAUCAUAAAACAGGUGCUGCAAGGGCUGCACUACCUUCAUUCUAAGUGCAAGAUCAUCCACACCGAUAUCAAACCUGAGAACAUUCUCAUGUGUGUCGAUGAAACCCACAUCCGCAAGCUAGCAGCUGAUGCUUUUGAAUGGCAAAAGCUUGGUCUCAAACUACCAGGCUCUGCAGUCAGCACAGCCCCAAAAGAAAAGCCCCAGGAUCCAAGUAAGAUGUCAAAGAACAAAAAGAAGAAGCUGAAAAAGAAAAUGAAGAAACAACAACAGCUGUUGGAGAUGCAGAUGCAACAGAUCCAGGAAUUAGAAACACCACCCCAGCCCCCUGAGAACCAGGAAGAAGGGGGCACACUGACCAACAGUGAGAGCUCCAGUAGCCUCCAGCAGCUGGGUGAGAUGGGGAGUUUGCCAACCCCAAGUGAGAGCACCGGCAGCCUACAGGAAUUGGCAGGAGAUGCUGAGAACAACAGGGACAGCCCACCGCAAGACAACAACGAACCAAUCGUAGUAGACAACGCUGACACCGAUACCACUACCACCAACACGGACAACAGUGUCAAGACCGAGGAGAACAUGGAGGAACAAGAAAAUAAUAAUUCAGCUGACAUGGACCAGCCAAAGACUACAACAAAUUCCACAGAUGAAGUAGAGAUGAGUUCCGAGUGUCCAGUGAUUGAGACUGUGUCACAGAAUGACCUGGGCAAGGUCUCUUCCAGUGAGAGCCAGAUCACAGCAAUUGCCAAGCUGAACGUCACGGACGAUGAGACGAAGGAAAAUUGUCAACCGAUCUGCAACGGCCACGACGCAGGAGGAGGAGUCAGCGGAGGAGGGGGGACGACGACGGAGGAGAUGGACAUGAAUAAAAAUGUGCAGAACUGUGAGCCGGAGACACCCCCUGUCGAGAACGACAUGGACACAGUCAGUCCGAGGGGGUGCUCUGCUGAGGAUAAACCCCAGGCAGAAGCCUCUUCCCAGGAGGGACCAGACAACAAUUCAAACAAUUUGACCGUUGAAAAAGCCAACAGUGUAGACAGACCUGAUCCAGUUAGGGAGGUCUGUGAUAUACCUGUGAAGAUAGCUGAUUUGGGAAAUGCGUGUUGGACGUAUCACCACUUCACUGAGGACAUCCAGACCAGGCAGUACCGCUGUCUAGAGGUGUUGGUGGGGGCAGGCUAUGGCACUCCUGCUGAUAUAUGGAGUACAGCAUGUAUGGCAUUUGAACUUGCAACUGGUGAUUAUUUAUUCGAGCCCCACUCAGGGGAAGGCUACACCCGCGAUGAGGACCACCUGGCCCAUGUCAUAGAGCUCCUUGGUCCCAUUCCCAGGCAUAUAGCACUAUCAGGAAAAUACUCCAGGGAGUAUUUCAAUAGGAGAGGUGAGCUGAGACAUAUAACCAAAUUGAAGCCAUGGCAGUUGUUUGAUGUGUUAACCGAGAAAUAUGAAUGGGACCCACAAGAAGCAAAUGAAUUUGCUGAUUUUCUCCUUCCAAUGUUAGAAUUUGACCCGGACCAACGUGCUACUGCUGAGGAUUCUUUAACUCACCCAUGGCUGCACUCCUGACCUGGAGUCCCCCCUUCCCCUCCCCAUCCUCCCUCCCUCCUGCCCGCCGCCCGCCCCCAUCAGUAACUGGGUGUUCACCUGACUGCCACAUGACCAGGCAAGGAAGCUACGAUCUUGUUUAGCUGUGUUUGUGCAGACUAUAUAGCAUGUAACCAUCACUUGCUGUCUCUCACCACGCCAGUCUACUGACAUAUGUACAACACCAUCACUAGUGAUACCGUGCAUUGCUGUACUGCAUCAUUGACUCCUCGUAUAGUGCCUGUUUGUUUGAAUCGACUCUGGGGCUGGUUGGGACUUCUACCUGGAUCCAUGUGAAUAAGGACGGCUUUCCAGAGGCUUAUGAUGCAUAUUACUCUUGCAUAUUGAGAUAGUCCAUGGGAUGUGUCAUUGUUUUCAUGGUUCUGCCUGAAUGAAGCUUGAAGUUCCCCUGAACAGAGGUUGUUGACAGAGACAAAGAUGAGUUCUUGCAGAAGCCCUCUCAAGAACUGCCUAUUGGUGACGUUUCUUGAUGAAAUAGUGUGGAUUGAUUUGAAUUGAUGGUGGAUCUGUUCAAACAAACAGGCUGUUGGAAAUAUUAUUGUCAAUGGAAAUCUAUUGUUGCAGAUAGUGGGCUGUUGUAAUCAUAAUAACCUGUCAUCAUCAUCAUAAGUGUCCACGAUGAUAGUUGGAUGUGUCAUAUGAUCAUCAGUAACAGCUUGAACAGCACGCGGGGCCAUCCAUCACCAGUCCUCAUCCUCAUCAUAGUUCUGCCAGCCUGUACAUCAUCAGUGCUAACCCAGACACAGUACCUUAGAGAAACCGGCCACCACACUUGUUCCAUGUUUGUUACUUGUUCGCUGUCUUCAGACGUCCAUAGUGAAGGUUGUGCAUUUCAAGUUUACAGAGACCGUUAAUUGUUGAAUUCAUUGGAUUUAGGAUGCCUGAACUCAGAUACAGAUGCUUCUCAUGUUUUAUGUUAGAGGCCUUUGCGUUGAAUGAACUGCAUACUCUUCCUACGACACCGAAGCAGCCCUGAUUCAUCCAUUGUCCGUGAUGCUCCUGGCAGACCAACCUAGGAUAGAGUUGCAGCAUAACUCAUCAUCGUCUGUCUGGACUCCUCAUUGAUCCAUAUGUAUAUAUAAUGUUCAUCCUCUACAAUGCAACUCCAUGAAGCAAGCAUUAUGCAUCUGUAUUCAUAGCCACCCAGGCACCACUUGUGUUAUGACUUGUGUCCACCUCAAAGCCAAGCUGCCGAUAGCAGCACCAAGAUCUCAUUCUGCAGUAACAGACCUAUGAAUCUUUGGGACGUUGGCCCAAUUCACAUUUUGUUUUGUGAUUAAUGAAAUCUUUUUUUUUACUUGAAAAUCCAUUUCUCCCUAAAAUGUAAUUUUCCAGUCAAAUGGAAUCUGGAUCUUCAAGUGUAAUAUUCCUAACUGUCUCAUUUGGAACCAUUUCCUGAAUUCCGUUUGGUUAUUCAGUGAAUUGUUUUGGUUGGUGAAGAUGUUCAUGGCAUAUUUCUGUUUGAGGUGGACUAGAGAAAGCAUGUAUGUGUUGUACACGGUUCUAGAGACUUGAUACGGAGCACUGUUGUAGUAGACACUAUGUUAAUAUUAUGACAAACUGUACAUGUAUGCAAGUCUACCUGGUGGUCCAAACAUACCCAUCAUUCAGAGAUGGUUAGUACCAGUCAGUCAUCUUUUGUCAAGCUUGUCUUGCUGUAUUUUGUUGACAAGUUUAUGGUUGGAGUAAAAAAAACUGUAAAAAAUGUGAUACUGUUUGCUUGCUAUGGAUGAUGUACCAGUCUUUUUGUUUGUCUUGUUUCAAAGAUGUACAUUUGUAUACUGUGAAACCUUGCUGGUUCAGACCCUGUAAAUUUUAAAACAAGUCUAUCUGGAAUCUCUCCAUGUAAAAAGGAUAUUACUCCAGUCUGUGACUUUAACCACUAGAACCCUGAGUCAAGCAAACUCUAAAUUGGUUUGGUACCUUUCAAUAGACCAUAUAUUAUGACAAAAUGUCACAUGGAAAUAUCUCUGAAGAACUUUUGGUGAAUAAAUAAAGGGUUCUUGGCACAGAAAGUUCCACUGGACAGUGAUCUUGUUCAUCCUUUGAUUGUUAAUACAGGAACUGGAUCUUCAGGGAUUCAUUCCAGAGCUAAAACAGCUAGACUGUACAGUCAUAAAGUUCCUGGUAAUCCAGUUGUACCACUGUCUGACUCUGUGAUUAUAUCUGGUCUAAUUAGUCUUUGAGUUGCUACUGCUGACUGCUUACCAUCUAGAACACUUGGUCUCAGUUCACAGCCCUGAGCCUUGCACACAAUAUGAUGAUUUUUACUUAGCGACUUCUGACUUGGAGGCUGGUUUGCGAAUGAAUCUCUGUAUACAGCCCAUUAGAAUGAUUUCUCUUUGGAAGUUGAACAUGUUUUAUGAAUUUCACUGCUCAGUUUUAUAGUUUAGGUCCUGAACAGUUUUGUACAUUUUGCCGCUGAGUUUCUGUCCAUAAGAAAAAGGUAGUUAUUGGGACUUAAGUCCGACCUUCACCUUUUGUGAAGGACUGAAUAUCGAGCAGGCUUGGACCGCAAGAAACGUUAAAAAAGAAUAAGUCUUAGGAGGAUUUAAGAAUCAGGGGAUAUGUGAUAUAUAUUUACUAAGUCGAUGUAGGGUUGCUUUCAAACUCAUGUUCGCAUGUUUCUUUGUCUAAGACUAAGUGACUCCCAACUUAAGAUAAUAUUGUUAUACAAACAUAUUUCUAUUUUGGUCUUGUCACCCAUUUCAGUCUUAUGAACUGCCCAGAUAUUUAGGACUUUCUUUAAUUCUUUUUCUGGAAUUGUGACACUGCCAAUGGAAAUAGAAAUAGAUGUCUCAUAUUGUGAAACUUGUCUUGAUGUGAACCUGUUUCGACAUGUCAUUACACCAUUAACUGUAGAAGAUACGCAGUUGAAUGCAUUAGGCUAUGGCUUUUGCAUUGUAUAAAUUGACAGAACUUAAGAGUAAUCUGAGAACCAAAGACUGUUCCUUUUUUCAUAUGCCUAUUCAGCAUUUGUUUGAAUCUCUGCUGCGCUUUUUGUGAAGACAGAAAAAAUGACAACUAUUUUUUAAAUACAGUACAAUCUACGCUUCCAAACAUUUACUUCAGUUUGUAUAUGAUGCAAUUGCCAUGCUUUCAUGGAAUUGGAGUUUGAUUUCAUUUUUUGAAAAAGUGUAUUUAUGAUUAAGCCAGCUUUUUUCUACAGCUUGUCUUGAAUUACAAGACACACCUCUCACUAUGUUAGGAACUUGUAGAGGGUGGGAGUAAAAUAUCUGAAAACAGAUCCUCAUUUGUUUUAGACAUUUCUCUGGCAAAUGGCCAGUGACAUAAAACAAGUCUACGGCAAGGGCCGUUAAACAAUUCUAUAGCAAGUGACAUAAAACAAUUCUGCGGCAAAGUCUGUGAAACAUUUCUGAGUACGGUGUACUCCCUUCAUGGCUUGUGGGCACAGACUUUUAUCAAGAAAGCAGAUUUUUUACUAACUAAUAAACUACAUGUGAUAUUUAUGCAACAACCAAUUUUAUACAGUCUUUACAGCAUUCCAUCAACUUAUCUAACAUCACUAUUGACGAUUCGCUCACAUAUACAUAUAACACUGGUUCAUAAGGUAAAACAGUAUAUAGCAGUUAAAGUCAUUCCAACAUUAUAGAUUUAGAGAGGAGUCCUUUGUAAAGCAGUGACCAAUUAAUUUCCAUUUUAACAUAGACAGAUGUUUUGGUUGAUGUAUCUCCGAUGCUAGUCUUUGUUUUGGAGUUUACAGAUUGUUCAUCCACAGGGUAGUGUUAUAGUCCAUGCUUGGUGUGAACAGGUUCUCUCGUGAAACUGUCAUUUAGUUUGAUAGAUGCUGGCCCGUGACUAGUGGAAAUCCGAAAGGACUAGUUUUCUAAAAAAAUUAGUCCUGGUUUAGUAAAGCAUUAGUUUGUAUCUGAAGGGACCUGUGGACCCCCAACAUGACCUCGAGGUCUGUCCUUAACCAGUCAUUGUAUUCCUUUGUAUGUUCAUGUUCAUAUUGUUUCAAAGUCUAUUGUUGUUUUAAUAGAUUAUCUAUGUCACUGAAAAAAUUAAGCAAGUUGUAUAAAUACUGAUUUGACAUAGUGGUACCUAGGAAACAGAUAUUUGGGAACCUGGACGUGCAUGUACAUGGGUAGCAGUUUUGAGAUAUUGUACACGGGCAGAUUUUCCACCUGAAUGUCCUUCAUGGCUUUCUUGAAUACAAGAACAUCAAACAGAGCUCUUGCUGUUAAGUCUGUUUAUCACUAAUAUGAGAUUCAGGACACUUUUUGGUUGAGUCCCGUCCGAGAUUCAAGUCCACACUCUCAGAGUCAGGCACCUAAGGCACAUUAAGUCGGCAAUCUAACCCAAACAGCCACCUCGGCUUCCACGAAGCCCAACAGUGGAAGUUAGAUCGAUUUUGUGUGCUGGCGAUUAGGUGCCUGACUCAGAGUGGGAUCGAAUCAGGACAGGACUCAACCUGAAGUACCUGAAUCUGUACCGAACUCAGAAAGUGUAAUCCCAAAUAUAAGAUAUGUUACAUUGGACCACUUUCUAUUUAGCAUUGUUGGAUAUUCAUUUUAGUCUAUCUCAAGGUGUCUUAUUGGGUACAUGUACAUGAAAAGCAAGCCAAUAUUUAAUUAGAGGCUGAGGUUGUUCAGGUUUGCACUGGUAGAUAAAUACGCUGCAUUUAAACUACAAAAAUGCUUAAACUCGAAGUCCUGUAUGGCAAGCCAUACCAUGUUUCUACAGAUCUCACACAUGCUUGAACUGGACCACAUAAUGCAUCAUUUAGUAGUUAAUAGUAAAUAAGUCAUGUGUACUAAGACUGGUUAUGUUCACAUCAGUUUGAGAUACAUGCAUGCCAAAUAAAGCAGACAGAUCUGUUUGAUUUUGUCUUUAUUUAUUUAAGAUUUUUAGGUUUGAAAACAUUUCAGAAUGCUGAAGGUUUUAUACAUAUUUUUGGGUGUUUAGUAUUAGUGAACAUCUUUUCAAGCAUAUGCUUGGAAUGUUCAGUCUUCGACAUUGGGGGUGCAAAGUAGAAUUAUUCAAAUAUAUGUAAAGUCAGUAUGUGGAACAUUCACAGAGAAUGUCAAGGAUUUUGAAAACGAGUGUGCAUAAUACACAUGUCCUAAAAAUAUUGGGCAUCUGAAAAAGGAGGGGUGGGUUCGGUUGGUUGGUGUAGAAUUGUUGCAGAUACUGGAUCUGACAGUGAUUCCUCAGUAGGGUAUAAAAGCUGUAAUAUAUUUAGAACUAUAAAAGCCCUGAAAUCCCUAAGAUGCCUUCAGAAAUUUCGUUGUUGCCAUCAGUAAGUUUCUAAGAUGCUUUUACAGAAUAUUCCUGGGUUACCAAGGAAUACACGUAUCGGAGUGAAAAUAUUUCAGUACUUUCAAAGCUGUAUUUGGGGGUCAUUAGAUCAAAGAACACCUUUUAAUACAGAUUUUUUGUAUGUUAUCUAACAAAAUCUUAAUUAUGGUUUACAACAACUACUUUUGGACUGUUUAAUGCAAUAACUACAGUAUGCAGAUUUUACACUUGGGAAAUUUUCAUAGACUACUAUAACUUGCCUGUCAUCCUCCACUGACUUUCUCAAUGGCAGAUACAAGACUUCAUACCGCAGAUGCAUCUGGAAAUAUAGCUGCUGCUUUGCACUGGAACACGAUUAGGCGUUAUGUUAGAGCAAGAAUUUGUUUAUGGAUUUAGCCAACUCGAAAUUAAAAGUGAAAAGGUAUCCUGGAAGGCACCAUUGUUUGCAUUUUGCUGAAUGUAAAAUUUACAUUGUAUUCACUAUUCAAAUAGUGUGCAUAUAUGAAAUAUAUAGCACAAGAUUUCAAGGCUAACAAGGGCUUUCAAAAGCUGCUCACACUGCAAUAUCAAAAUAGAUUUUGAAUAAUGAAGCCACUCUGAAAGGCCCUUUUGUCCCACAUCAAGUAUAUUUUAAUAAGUCUGUUAACCAAGAAAUUUUAAGUCUGGCCUAACAGCUGUUAAUUCCUUCCUGAACAGAAAAAAAAAUACCUGUUUACCAGCACCCAUUGUGAUAUUGAGUCCGACAUUGACUUGGCAACAGCUUUUGUGGUAUGCCUGAGUCUUCAGGCAUUGACACAUACACACUCGCACAUCUUGCAGAGUUUGAUGCUUUGGUGAACACAGUUAGUUGAUAUUCACUUGUUGGUAUGUACAUAGCAGGCGCAAACUACGCUAAACCCUGUCCUGGGCCCUAUUUCUCAAAGGGAUCUUAGAGCUAAGACCAUGAUCACACCCAUUACAUAGUGUUACACUGACUUGGGACAGUCAUAGUGCUUGGAUUGUUUUGUGGAUUGGGCCCUGACCCACACCUGUGCUGGGAAUAUCGGCCUUAUGCAACAUUUUAUUUUCAUUGACAUCCUUUAGCAAGCUAAAUGGACUUGUCCUUUGUAUUGUUGUUUCUGUUCAGUUCACACCUAAUGGAACUUUUUAUGACCAGUUUGAGAUGUAUAUUUCAGGAAAGUAUAGCUCUACUGAGCUUGGAUGUUAAAAGUGCUUGUUACCAUGGUUACAAUAUCAUUUGUGAUUUAGUUUGCCUUUGCUGUUUGCAUGCUCUAUGUAUACAAUUGUAAAAAGGAAUACCACAAGCCCAAACUGUUCAAAUAAAAAGGGCUUGCAUUUU